AUGAGACACUCUUCGGAUCAACGCAAAUCUCAUUCUCAUGACCGACUAUACGCGCCAAUUGAUACAGCGCCAACGGCGACGGCUGCGAAGGAGGAUGGAAUUACUGCAACAAUGACAUAUGAUGGCGAGAACGAAGCUCCCAAGCAUAGAACACAUGCAGACUCGGACGAAUCCAUGGCAACCAUCACACCCCAGGAAGACGAUGGAACAACUCUUGAAGGGCACGAACAACGGCCUGCUCUUCCUCCAAGACCCUCACUCCUCGGGGACCGCCCAACUACCCCACUAUCUCCAAGAAAACGACCUGCUCUCCAAUCGAAACCUACCACUGCGGUCUCCUCUGUAGAUAUACAGACUCUCUCCUUCCCAGAUGGAUCGAGAGGGACAUUCCCAACGCCAGGGAGUCGAUCGGUAUCAGAGGCGGGGCAUGGGAUAUCUGGCGGAACAAGCACCCCAUCAAGCAGGAAAGUCAGCCAAAAUGGGAGCGAAUUCGACGAUAGUACAAGUUUGAUGAGUUAUACGCCGACACUCAGGGCAAAUGGUGAUCUUGCGAGUCUGUUAGAUGAGGGUCUCAAUUCGCAAAGCCCAGCAUGGAAGCUACUCAGUUCUCAAGCAGAUAAUGUUAACCUAUUUGAGACAAUCGACUACGAAGAUAAUGCAUUGCUUAAUUUUGACCAAGAAUUCGACGAAGUAGAGGCUGUGGAUAGUAAAGGUGGUAAUGAAGAGCAAGUCUUGCUACUAUGGAAAGCAAAGCUCAAGCAUUAUCUGAUCCUGUCAUCAGCGGGCAAGCCUAUUUACAGCAGACAUGGUGACCAGAAUCUCAUCAACGGCUAUAUUGGAAUCAUUCAGACCAUCAUUUCUUUCUUCCAAGACGCGAAGGAUCCCUUGAUGGGAUUUACUGCCGGCGGUACAAGAUUUGUGGUACUGAUAGAAGGACCUCUCUAUUUCGUAGCUAUAAGCAAGCUUGGAGAAAGCGAUUCCCAGCUUCGGGCUCAGUUGGAGGCUUUGUAUAUGCAAAUUCUAUCUACAUUGACCUUACCGACUCUAACCCAGCUGUUCACGAAUCGGCCAAAUACUGAUCUUCGCAGACCUCUGGAAGGCACCGAGACUUUACUAUCAUCUCUUGCAGAUACUUUCACGAAAGGAUCUCCAUCAGCCCUCCUGUCCGCUUUGGAAUGCUUGAAGAUCCGGAAAUCACAGCGUCACACCAUCAACAAUACACUUCUAAAAGCACGAACCGAGAAGCUUCUCUAUGGCCUGGUCGUCGCUGGCGGGAGACUCGUCAGCGUCAUCAGACCAAAGCGCCAUUCACUCCAUCCCAGUGAUUUGUCGCUGAUCUUCAACAUGUUGUUUGAAGCUGGAAGUGUAAAGGCUGGUGGAGGCGAAAAUUGGAUCCCCGUAUGCCUUCCUGGUUUCAACAAAACAGGAUAUUUGUACAUGUACGUGAGCUUUAUAAAUGCUCACGAUGGCGAGGAAUCGUCAUCCGACCAAAGGCCUUCAACCGCAGGAAGCAGCCCAGAAGAUGAAAUAGCAAUCCUUCUGAUCAGCACCGACAAGGAAAGUUUUUACGAGCUCAAGCAGAUGCGAGACGACGUAGUCGCACAAUUGGAAAGCAAUGGGAGUAUGGGUAUCAUCAAAGCUGCUGUGCGGCAGGGACGACCGAGUACAGCAGACAUUGUGCCAGGGACGCAGUUACGGCAUUUCCUCUACAAGUCACGUGCAAAUGUUCAGUUCAUGAUGCCAUCGCUCUCCCCCGAUUUCAGCAGUCCUCUUGCGCGGCGGAAACUGAUGAGCUUAUAUCAUAACCUUCAUGCCUCAACACACGCAAAGCAUUCUCACGUCAAAGUCCUCCACUGCGUCGCCCGCGACAGUAACUCUCUAGUGUGGACAACCCCCCUGUUCGAAUUCUACUGCAUAGCCGGCCCGAAUACAUCGCGGGCAGGCCUCACCCAUGGCGCAAACAAAGUCAUUCAAUGGGUAAAGCGCGAGGAAGAAAGAGUCUUCAUAAUCGGGGGAGCUGUAUUCUAG